AUGGAAAAGAAAGACGCAAAAGGCUUUACCGGCGAAAGCGACGUUGCGUCUGCUAGCCAGAUGCUUGCUCUCGAUCCCAAGGUGGAGCGGAGGUUGGUGCGCAAACUGGACAUUUGGAUCGCGCCCGUCAUGACCAUCAUCUUCCUGACUGCGUAUCUUGAUCGAGCCAAUAUUGGUAACGCAGCCUCUGCAGGCAUGAAGACUGACAUUAAUAUGAGCGACGGAGAACUUGGAAACGCUGUUACAUUGUUUUAUGUCACCUAUGUUGCGGCAGAGGUCCCCUGUUCUCUAGUGCUCAAGAAGUUUCAUCCGAGCCGCAUGAUUCCUCUCCUCAUGUUCUGCUGGUCCGUUGUUCUCAUUGGGACCGGCUUCAUGCAUAACGUCGGCCAGCUAUAUGCCUCUCGACUACUCCUCGGUCUCUUCGAGUCCGGCAUGUUCCCGUGUCUCGCACUCUACCUCAGCACCUUCUACCAACCACGCGAGCAGGCUCUACGCAUCUCCUAUCUGUUCGUUUCGUCAGCGCUGUCAGGUUCUUUUGGUGGCUUGUUUGCCUUUGCACUGCUGAAAAUGGACGGUAUCGGCGGUCUCCAAGGCUGGCGCUGGCUCUUCAUCAUUGAGGGAUGCGCAAGUGUUGUGAUUGCUAUCGCCAUCUUCUUCCUCCUCCCAGACGACUUUGAGCAUGCCAGAUUUCUGAACAAGGAAGAGAAGCAGAUGAUGCGAAUUCGGGCCGAGAUCAAUGCUCGAUACAACGGCCGGCCCGACUUUGACUGGGCAGAAGUUAAGAGGGCAGUGUUGGACCCGAAACUUUACAUCAGCUGCUGGAGCCAGUUCAUGGCUGACAUCUGCUCGUUUGGUCUGUCCUCGUUUCUGCCGCUGAUCAUCAAAUCUUUUGGCUACGAUACUGUCACCACCCAGCUUUUGACGGUCCCCGUUUUCUUCUGGGCUUCGUGCGCGUACAUUGUGGUUUCAUGGAUGUCUGAUCGCUGGCAACGCAGAGCUUUCUUCAUGAUCCCAGCCUGCUUCGUAACCGCCAUUGGGUAUGCGGUAAACUUAGGUGUACCCACCAGUCAGCGUGGUGUACUCUACUUCUCAACCUUUCUCAUUGCUCCGGGUGUUUACAUGAUCGUCGGGCUGAACUGCGCUUGGCUUCUGAACAGUCACGCACCGUACUACAAGCGAGCCAUGGCUAUAGGAAUGAACCAGUCCAUUGGAAACUCGGCAGGCGUUGUGGUGGGCCAAAUAUUCAAGACAACACAAAACGGAAAGUAUGUCAUGGGAUUGAGCGGUUCUCUUGCAGCCGUCAUGCUUGCUGUCCUUGGACACACCUCUCUGUACUUCUACUUGAGACACCAGAACCGAAAGCGGGAGGCGAUGACGGAGGAGGAACGGGCCCAAGCCAUUGAAAAGGGGGCGACGGGAGACUUCCACCCAGACUACCGAUACGCGCUGUGA